AAGCUCUGACCAAAGAUCUUAUAGCAGAGAUCUUUGGCUCUGACUGCAGCUGGCCGUGGCCGUGGCCGUCUGCAAACAAUGCAAAACGAGAGCACGUUUCAAUAUCAACCGACGGAGAGUUGUAGGAGGAGCAUAUUGUCUUUGUGCAAAAUCUGGCCGUUCGACAAAGAGAAGGUGCCAUUUAAACUUUGCUGUGUUUGAACAGAUGAGUUUAAAUUCCCAGCGGCACUGGCGUAACCUUGCCGGGUCCGGGUGCCUGAGGAAAGCUGGUGUCCUGGUGUGAUCCUUGAAUGUGCUUGUGCUGUAUCUGCUGUGACUAAGGGUGAAAAAAACGACACGUGUUGAGUGGAAAUAGCUAUGCUCCGCGUCUACAAGUGUGUGCUUCGCAGCCUGAGAAACCGAAUACUACCACAGAGAAGUUUGUCUACAUAUACAUCUGUGUACAGAGUGAAUGAAGAUGACAUCAAGGGAAAACUCGAGCUGCUCCAUGGUGGGAGUAUCGAUUUGCAGAAAGACCAAAACGGGAUUGCCACCAUGAUCAUAAACAACCCCGAGCGAAUGAAUGCAUUUUCAGGGACAAUGAUGUUGGAUUUCCGGGAUAAGGUAGAAGAGCUGGAGCAUUGGACUGAUGGGAAAGGUCUCAUCUUACGAGGUGCAAAUAAUACGUUUUGUUCUGGCUCUGAUCUAAGAGCAGUAAAAGCAAUAUCAAAUCCGGAGGAUGGAUUGAAGAUGUGCAUGUUUAUGCAGAACACCUUGACAAGGCUACUGAGACUACCUCUGAUCAGUGUUGCUUUAGUCCAAGGGAAGGCAUUGGGAGGAGGAGCAGAAGUUACUACAGCAUGUGAUUUCAGACUCAUGACUUCAGGAAGUGAUAUCUGCUUUAUUCACAAGCUUAUGGGAUUGGUACCAGGAUGGGGUGGAGCAACCAGGCUGAUUAAACUGAUUGGAUAUCGGAAUGCUCUUAAACUGUUGAGCUGUGCCCAACAUGUGGAACCUGCAACGGCGUUGAAUAUUGGGCUGGUUGAUGAAAUUUUAGUAUCCUCGGAUGAGGAAAGUUCCCUUAAAGAAGCUCAGAAUUGGCUGAAUCAAUACAUUAAGGGAUCUUCACAAGUUAUCAGAGCCAUUAAGAAUGUGGUGGUUUCAGGGAGAGAACUGUCACAAGAAGAGUCACUGAAAAAUGAAAAGAUCAUAUUUGGUACUUUGUGGGGCUCACCCGCUAAUCUGAAAGCUUUGGCUCAAAGAACCAAGCAUAAGUAGGCAAAUCAAACUUUCUAACAUACCAAUCAGCCUGUUGACUAAAAAAGAUAGAUUGCAGUGUAUUGCUAUUUUACAUUCAACUGUGACAUGACAUUUACCAUAUUUCUCAUCAAUGUAGUGCCUAACAUUGUAAAACAUUCCAGGAUGCUGCAGAGGACUAUUAACAUUUAAGUAACAUUUAACUUUGAGACACAAACAGAUAUAAGACAUAUGGCCAUCCAGGAGGGGUAUUUAGAAUCUCUGGUGCACAUUAAAUAAUCUGCUGGAGCGGCAAUAUGUGGUGGGUCGUGUUUUUUAAAGUGGGAGCGAGAUUAGGUAAUGAGUGAACCAAACUUAAUACAAGUUAGGACAGUAAGUGACAUUUUAAUUUUUAACUACACUUUAUUUACCCUCUGGUUUAAAAAAAAAACAGCAAUCCAAAUUUGCAGUAAACCAUCACUCCAAUUUAAAAUAAUCAAUGGUUAUAAAAUUAUCUUGGAUGUCCUGAGGAUGUGCAAGGCACUGUAUGGAUGUAGGUUAUUUAUUUAAUCCUUGAAUAUAAAAUGUACAGUAGUCAUAGAACAUUUAUACUAUGGUACAUUUCUUCUGAGUGAGUUAUUGUGCCAUUGUGUGAACUUGGUCUCUUUAUAUCCGUUUUAACAAUUUAAAAAACUAGUGCUGGUAUCAUUUGCGAUAUGUUAUUUACUGGAACUGGCUCUUGGAUUUGGCACACAGCUCCAUUAAAAUUAAAAUUAAAAUAUAUCGACAUUAUAGCUACAUAACUAAAUUGCAUUCAAUUACACACAUCCCAGGAAAACACUUUAUUUCCAGAAGAGCAGGGAAUGUUUUACUACUGGCUUUGAGAUUGGCAGGAUGCAAUUAAGGUUGUAGCAGAUUUAGGGAAUGCCUACACUGUUGAAAGAUCAUCUAUCUAAACCUGGCUGUAUAUGUUAAGCAUUUUAUGAUUUUAAUUAAAGUUUAUAGAAUCC